AUUUUCCACACGAUGCGCAUGCAUGGGUUUUACGUGUGAUCAGACUCGUUCGAUAAAACAUGUGCUUGCCUCCCGAACAAAAUUGGUGAUAUUUCGAAAAGCACAAUAAAUCGGGUACAGGUAUCGUUGGCUGGGAAUAAUGAGUGAUAUCUUCGUGAGUCAAAAAUAAUCUCCAACACUUGCGUUGUUAGAUCGAAUUCGAGUGCUCGGAGCACGCUGGUAUAGAAAUGAGCUUUUGGUGUCUCCGCACGGCAUAUGCGUGCGCAUCAUCGGUCUAUGAGUAGUCUAUGCAUGCAGCCGACAAUAAUCGCGCCGUUCCACGGAUUGCGUCACUGAAACUGUGGCGAGGACGACCUUAAUCCUAGGAGACGAAAAAACAACGAAAACUUUACCGAUUAAUAAACCACUUGCAGUCCGAGUUUAGAUUAAUUAUAUUAUACACGCACGUCUGAAAAGGAGGCACGCAUCCAUGGAAUGUAGCUGUAAAAAUGUACAGUCCGGUGCCAUUAAUUACCGAUAUCUAGCAUCAGAUAAUAGAGAAUGAAAUAAACGCAUUAAAAAGUAAUAAAAAGAAACGCCGGAAAUGGAGACAGACGAAGUUGAAAAUGGUGACAAAGCUCGAUCCGAAAUUACCAAUAAUACUUCCACGGAUACGGUGAAGACUCCGAAGGAUAACAAGGGUGCCAGGAUAGGCGAAGAGAAACUGAUGAAAUUAAACGUACAGCUAAAACCACCGAUAUCGCCGACUAGUCUUUUAGCACAAAAUAUAGCACUUUUACCUACGGGAGUCGCCAAAGUAAAGCAAUCACAAGCAGCGAGUUCCGUGCCAAAAAUGAAUUCAUCAAAUUCCGGAUCGUCAAGCGCAUCCGCUACCGGAAAUCCGCGAAAUAAGACGGCGCUUGCACCAGGCCAUAGCCUUAUGGAUUGGAUUCGACUAGGCGCCUCAGGAGUCGAUUUAACCGGAGUUAAUGGUGUUCCGCAAAAUGUUACUCCUUCGGAACUCGCCCGACAUAACAAGCCGAACGAUGCUUGGAUCGCGAUUCGAGGAAUCGUCUACAACGUUACGAGAUACAUAGAUUUUCAUCCAGGUGGAAAACCGGAACUUAUGAAAGGCGUGGGAAAGGAUGCGACGAAGUUAUUUGACGACGUGCAUGCAUGGGUCAACUACCAAAGUAUUCUACAAAAGUGCGUCGUUGGUAGGUUGAAUCGUUUAGCUGGAGAGACUUCGGCACCACCCGUGAAGAUCGUAUCUCCUUCUUCAACGUCGUCAGGUCUCCUUUCGCGAUGUAUCAAACAAAGUUCAACGAGUGAAACUACUACUCCGCAUCCUAAAAUGGAUUGGAUUCAAACUAGCAACACUAUUACAUUAUUUUACUAUUCUCUACGAGAUCAUCCAGCAGCGGGUUAUCAACUAAUGCAGAUCACCGACUCCAAAUAUCAUAUCAAAUUUUGCUUCGAGAAAGAUUUUAUAACUCAUGACAUUGAAUUAUCUGGCGCUGUUAAUUGGCCUCCAAAGUGGAAGAGAAACUUUGAAUCUAUGAAGAUGGAAAUCACAUACACAAAGAAAGAACCAGGCUUGUGGAAAACUUACGGUACUUACAAAACACUGCGGGAGCGUAACGCGAAGCAAAGAACUUACAGAGAGUACGAAGUAGUCAGCAAUACACCGCUCUGUAAAUUGGUUCACUUGAUCGUUUUACGUACUAAAGCAUACUUGGAAAUAGUACCAAUAGGCAGGCAUGUCGAAGCCAAACUUCAAGUAAUGGGCACUGACGUAUCUCGAAUGUACACUCCAGUUCCGCCUUAUCUUCACCCUGAGGAUGUCGCACCCAAUUACGAUUCUGAUUGUAUUUGCUUGAUGGUCAAGAGGUAUGCCGAUGGUGCCCUUACUCCAACCAUGACAGCAUUAAAGUCGGGGCAAACUUUGAUGCUAAGUAAUAGUCUGGGAACCUUUACCGCCGAGAAUUUCCAAGAGUUUACUAUUUUUCACAUGCUAGCUGCAGGCACCGGUCUCACGGCAAUGUUGUCAAUCAUUCAGUGGGCACUCGGCAGACGCAAUCUAAGCCGUAUUAACGUUCUCAACUUCAACAGGAACGAAGAUAACAUAUUUUAUUCCAGGCAGUUGGGUAAAGUUCUCUCAAGCGAGCCAAGAUUCAAUGUUACGCAUAUUUUGUCACAUCCGGAAGACUCCUGGACCGGUCGUCGUGGCGAAACUUCGACUAACCUAUUGCAAGAAUUGUUGGGUCCUAGUUCUCCUCAGGCAUGCGUUUUCAGCUGUGGACCUAGACCCUUCAUGCAGUCAACCAAGGAGAUACUCACAGAUCUUGGUUGGAAAUCGUCUCAACUACACGAAUUCGAUGACUAAAUUGCAGCUAAAAUAGCUCGUAAACGAACGGUGGCCACAUCGUUGUAAUCACGAACGAUUGAUUAGCUUCAAUAAUUUGAGCAAUGACUAAUUAUGUGGUGAGAAUAAAAUGAAAAGCAAAAAUAAGUGAGCUUCUUUGAAAGUGAAUAGGAAAAUUAUUUUUAUUAUGCGUAUAAUGUUGUUGAGUAUUAUUGUAUUCUAUAUGAUCGUGGGAUUAGAUGAAAGAAAACGAAAUGUAAGACUUAGAAUUUUCACGCCGCCGUAUAAUGUACAAAAUGAUGAAAAAUCCAAAUAAUAAUUUGGUCUUUAAGUUUUACCAUUUCAAAUCGAAGUUAGAUUCUUUGCGGCACAUCACACGUUUUUGCUUAGCUAAUUGAUGUAUCAAGUUCACGGUCGGAUAAAAAUCCAGGAGAUAGCGAGGAAGAUCGCUUAUUCGGAGAUAAUUCAAUGAUUAUUAUUUCUUAAACGCAUAUAUCACAGAUGUGAAGGUGUGUAUCUUUUUUUUCAUUAACUUUUCGUGAAACUUCAACAGUCCGAACUUUUCGUAUGCUGCAUACAUUGUACAGAGUGAUGUUAUUCAAUUUGUGUCUGAAUUCAUUCCGUACAAUUAAUAUACGUAGAAAGAGUUGAUGAGUUUCAAAUCAAAUUAUUUGCUAUUUAGUUCCGUUAUAGCCGGUUACUGAUCUUUUUAAAUGUAAUCAGCUGAGGCACGCGAGUCUCAGUUGACGAAGAGAUUUUGUUUCCAACUCGAUUAUACUCCAAAAAAAAAAAUAGUACAUUUUUCCUAAUUUGGGACCCGUUUCGAAAGCCUUGCAAUAAACAGACUAGUUAAUACUAAACAUAUCCCUUUUGCAAGCGUGAAAACUCUCAACUGACAUUGCAGUCUUAGUUUGUACCUGAUAGCGGUAGUUUCCUGUUUGUAAGAAAGUUUACCGUUGACCGUUUCUAUUUUGUAUUCGUCUUAUGAUCGUGUGAACGAUUAAAUAGAUUUAAAUAUACAUGGUAUUAUACUGAUAUACAAUGUACGAUGACGACAUUUAAAAGAAAUUUUUAAUCAUUUUUCUUCUUUCAAUUACAUUCGUCGACCUUGCUAACUAAUUUCGUUAGGAAAUAUAAUUGUCUGUGAUGUAAUUUCAUAUAUUAAUGACAGUGUGUAGAAGCGACCCGCGUCAAAUCAUGACUCAGUACAAAAUUCGUACACGUAUAAAACGAAUUUUCGAACUUGACAGUUUCGAGAUGUGACAAGCAAGUAAUCGUGCAUACUUGAACGACGUCAAAUACGAAAACGGGUCUAAGCAAUCGACGUAAAUACUUUGUAGUUAGUUUCUCUUGGUUUUCAGAGCCAAUAAACUAUCUAUAACUUACUUUUAACCGCAAUGCUUUAACAAUGCAAGAAUGUUAUGAAAUUGAAUAAUUGUAUGUUCUGUUAUGUAUGUACUGUAAAUAUUUAAUAUUUUGUACAUGUGUAUAAACGUGAAGAAUAUGUUGAGAAAUAAAAUGAGUAC